AUGACGACAAAGUUUACCACAUCUACAAAGAGCUUGGUGCUUCGGUAUUGGCCCAAAUGCAACACUCCUCCAGUUGCCGCGCGCUACCUGAACUCCCCAACCCAUCCGAUCCGGCCCAAAAUCGUCGAUCUCUGCGCACAUCGUGAGAAGAAAACGUUAUGGUGGCGAGUUUCAGUAUCACAGAUUCAACAAAGCAAGCGGGUGGUUCGCUCCUGGUGCGGGCGCAGAGUGCGAAUUGCUUUCGAGCAGGCUUUGAAGCAACAAGGAUUGGAUAAGCUGGGGAAGCCUCUCCUUUCUGAAUCUCCAUCACGAGGGAGAAAGCUGUCAGGAACUUUGGAGAUCUACGUCCAGCCACCAUGUGUGAAACAGGAUUUUGAAAGGAUCCAAAAUGAUGUCCAUCAUCUAUUAUCCUUGCUUCUGGAUCAUGAACAACCACGGAAAUGA